GAUCCCGGCGGGAGGCCGGGGCGGCGCUGCGGCCGAGGGCCGGGCCGCGCCCCCAGCCCGAAAUAGCGCGGGGCGGAGCGGAGCAGGGCGAGCAGCGACAUGGCGAGGCAACCCGCAAAGACGCUUUGGUAUGACCGUCCCCGGUACGUCUUCCUUGAGUUCUGUGUAGAGGACAGCCAGGAUGUUAAAGUUGUCAUUGAGGACCAGCGGCUGGUGUUCAGCUGUAAAAAUGCAGAUGGAGUGGAAUUCUACAACGAGAUCAACCUGUAUGCCAGGGUGAACUCCAAGGACUCGCAGGAGAAACGCUCUGACCGCUCCAUCACAUGCUUCGUAAGGAAGUGGAAGGAGAAAGAGGCCUGGCCACGCAUCACCAAGGAGAACAUCAAGCCAGCCUGGCUCUCGGUGGACUUUGAGAACUGGCGAGACUGGGAGGGAGAUGAAGAGUUGGAGAGGGCCAUGGUGGAACAGUACGCAGAGCUCCUGCAGAAGGUCACGGACAAAGCCCCCCCCCCUGCAAUGGACGAUCUUGAUUUCGCCACCAGGGUGGUGUCGUGCAGCGCGGCGGAGCUGCGGCCCGAGGGCGGCGGGGAGCCGGUGCGCGGCUUCCAGGUGGUGCUGGAGGACACGAUCCUCUUCCCCGAGGGCGGCGGGCAGCCCGACGACCGCGGCCUCAUCGGGGACGUGCCGGUGCUGCGCGUGAGCCGCCGCGGCGCCGAGGCCGUGCACUUCGUGCGCACGCCGCUGGAGCCGGGCGCCCAGGUGCUGCUCUCGCUGGACUGGGAGCGGCGUUUCGACCACAUGCAGCAGCACUCAGGGCAGCAUCUCAUUACUGCCAUUGCAGAUCAGAUGUUUGGAUUCAAGACAACUUCAUGGGAGCUGGGUCGUCAGCGAAGUGUCAUUGAGCUGGACACCCCUGUAACGACAGCAGAGCAAAUAGAGGCCCUGGAGAGGAGUGUGAAUGAGAAAAUCCGGGAGAGGGUACCUGUGACAGUGAGGGAGCUGGCUGCAGAUGACCCUGAAAUUGAAACAGUGAGAAGCCGAGGUUUGCCGGAUGACCAUGCAGGGCCAGUGCGAGUUGUAAGCAUCGAAGGCAUAGACUCUAACAUGUGCUGUGGGACUCAUGUCUCUAACCUGAGUGACUUGCAGGUUAUUAAACUCCUUGGCACAGAAAAAGGGAAAAAGAACAAAACGAACUUGGUUUUCCUGGCAGGAAAUAGAGUGCUGAAGUCAAUCGAACAAAGUCACAGCACUGAGAAGGCUCUGACCUCAUUGCUCAAGAACGGACCAGAUGAGCAUGUAGAGGCUGUGAAGAGGUUGCAGAGUUCUGUGAAACUGCUUCAGAAGAAUAACUUGAACCUACUUAGAGAUAUUGCUGUUUUGAUAGCCCGGGACUUCAAAAGCAAACCUGUUCAAAGUCAGCUGUUUGUGUUACACAGGAAAGAGGGUGACUCUGAAUUUAUGAACAUCAUCGCUAAUGAGAUUGGCACAGAGGAAACCCUGCUGUUCCUAACUGUGGGAGAUGAAAAAGAAGCAGGACUCUUUCUUCUGGCUGGGCCUGUUGAAGCAGUUGAGAAUUUAGGUCCCAGGGUGGCAGAGCUGCUGGGAGGCAAAGGUGCUGGGAAGCGAGGCCGCUUUCAGGGCAAAGCAACCAGGAUGAGUCGGCGAGGAGAAGUGCAUGCUCUGCUCCAGGAAUUCAUCAGCCAUCAAAGCCCUGAAGCGGAGAAGAAGAAAUGAAUGGCAGGAAUUAGAGGCUGCUGGAAUCUGGAUAUCCCUUUUAAAAGACCAGUGUAAGCUGCUCACUGGUUAUGGCUGCCUAUUGUCACUUCCUCAGGCAUGAAACUGGGAGGCAAGAUGACAAGAUGCUGCAGUUAAACCUGUCAGCAAGGAAGGGAAGUAGCACCAGUGCUGCACAUAACAAGUCACAGUAGUUUUUUGAACAGACCCAUUUUUUUCCCCUGUUUACUUAGAAAUCUCUGCAGCUGCUGGAGGACUGAACAUGUUUGUCCUAAUGUUUUUGCUAGCACCCCUCAUUGCUGGUUAAUAUGCAGCCUGCUGCCCUCUGGACUCCACAGUUCCCUCGGGCAGCCACCUAUUGACCGAGCUGUGAGGCUGAUGCAAGCAGUUGUCAGAUAACACUAACUUCAUGCUUACAUCUGAAAGCACUGCUGCAGUACAUUAUUGCAAAUGUCAUUCAUUUGUAGGUGGCCCUGGCAGAACUACAUUAACACAUUAUGUGCUAACUCUGAUCAUAACAAAUGCAGAUUCAAGCAGUUUCCCAGCACUUUGUUUUGCAUGCAGCUGUAUAUGGGGCAUUUCUGGUAGCUGUGUUAAACAUUUCCUUCACUUCUGUUGCUAUGAGCUUGAGCUUUCUGUACCAUUUGUUAAUCCCAAGCAAUGGCUGUGCCCCCCUCACCUCUGCAAUAGUUACUCUUACUCUUCUACACAGUAAGAAAUGUUUAUGGAAAAUAAGCCCUUGGGAUUAAUAAAAAGCUACGACAGUGUUUCUUCA